CCCACCACUUCCGACGACGACGGCGCACAUCUCGGCGGCGAACCCUGCUCGGCGGCCCCUGUCUGUCUCUUCUUUGUCACAUCAUCUAUCCGACGAUCCUUGUGCUGUCUGCUCCUGAACAUACCCAGGCUAUCUCCGAACACACUCUUCCAGGCAGGAGUCCUUUGUUGGCCUACUCCUCGAGCGCAAUCUCCCUCUUCCAUUGUACACCAUGUCUACAACAUCAUAUCGGCUGGAGACUCCUCGUCCGCGCCCUCCACCAUUACCGAUCAGGACGCACGACUUGCGGAACUCGAACUCUCAGCUGCGAGGAGGCAAAAAAGAUGCUGUAGAAACACUCCUUUAUGACCUGCCGUCGCCCACCCUUGGGUCCCCUACAAGAAACACCCCGCCACCACGCUUAACCUCUCCAACCUCUCCCACGAGUCCCCGCUCCAGAAGUGCAGCCCGAGGCCGAAAGAUGACACCACCACCCUCGUCCAAGCAUGCGAAGAAUAACCGGUCUGUAACCCCGUCGCGUCCGAUGCGCAGUGAGCUAGAAGAGUUUGCAGAACGCUGCCGCGCAUGGUACUAUCAGCAGGACGACGAUGCUGGCAGACUGAUGACACAGACUCUCGCGACUCUUCCGCCCUCACAACGCGCCCCGUUUUCUCGGCUGCAGGCUUCCAUUCGCUCCGCCUACCAUGCAAGCGUAAACGCGCGGCGGGACGCUGAGUUCAAGGCUCACCUGAGCGCUACGAAGCCGGGCGGCUCGCUGAUGCCUCACUCGCGCGCGGAUCCCAGAGGGGUGCUCGCCAAGAAGGAGCGGUACGAGCGGUUCGACCGCUUCGUGCGAACGUGGUGUACGAUGGGCAUGCCAGGAACGAAGCCGUUCUUCCAGGGCCUCUGGGCGGUCAUGCGACUGCAGGUUAUCCCGCAGGAGCUCGGGGGAGCGGGUCCGUUCAGAAUCGAGUGGGAAAUCGACGACGCAGUGUUCAAGGAGGCAGGCGGCAAAGACUUUAUGCUGGAAGCUAUAGACGUGCUCAAAGGAGUUCUCGGGUUCGACGAGACGGCAUCGCUCAGUCGUUCUCCCUCGACGAAUAGCUCCGUGCAAUACAAUGCGUUCACCGCGCUGUCUCCCAUACACUCUCGGUCACAAUCACAACCUCUCUCUUCUGAAAGUGCGACGCCCACACGUGCGCAGAAGACCCCGCCAAUUACCUCCAGGACGCAGACGAAACGUCCCCGCGCACCCAGCGAUCCGUUUAUGGACACAUCCACCCUCUCGACAUCCUAUUCCUCCGCCAACACUGGCUUCUCCACUUCGGGGUCGUCGGCUGCAGAAGAGCCCCUCACCCCGAUCACGCCCAACGCAGAACUGGACGAUCUGUUCGCGCGCCGGCCCCCUGCCAGCGGCCGCGACUUCAGCGAGACAGACGUAUACAUGCGGACAUGGACAGCACCAGACCUACCGAACCCGGAGUUCUUGACCCUGCUCACCUUGUUCCCGUCAUUCGUCGCCCGAGCCACGCUGCCGCGCUUCCCUGUCACGAGUGCGUCGAGUCGGACAGCCGACAUCGAAGAAGGCCAGGCGGUCAAUGGCGAGCACGACAAGCUCAAGGUCGGUACCGGUACCAUGUGGCUGGGCAGCAAACGGCGCACGGAUGGCUGGCAGGGCGGGUGGUGGACACGGCUCAAACUGUGGUUUUCUCGGGUGUUUUGUUAGGCGUCGCGCUACCCCCUUCCCCUUCCUUCUUUCCACCCGUACUAUGCGUCUCCCGAUCGUCGCUUGUAUAUCGCUACCGCGCCUGGAGCGUGCGGACGAUUCUGGUCGAGCUCGUCCGUGUAGAUCGUCAUCUUGUAGGGCGAUUGGAGCCUUGGACAUUGGACCUUGGUCUGUCACCGAACCUCCCGCACUGUCGAAUGCAGUUUGUAGUAGCGCAGAUAUCCCCGACAGGUACAUACGCUGUACUAUUACCGACGUGUCGAUAUUAUUCGCUAUGCUAUGGUCAUACUCUGAGAACUGC